GUGAAAGGCUUAGAACAACAGACUGCAGAGAGAGAGAGUGAAAUGAGGCUGAAAAGAGAUAAGGGACAGGCAGCAGUGAAAGUCCUCACAUAUGUCUCUGCCCUUUAUCCCUCACUCUCACUCCUCUUGUGCACAAUCUUCCUCAUCCUCACACAAGCACAAGUGUCUGAGCUGUGCCUGUAAGAAGGUGAGAGAGCUCAACUUCCCCCACCCUGGCAUGGGGUGAAAUUUAAGAGAAUAAAGUAUCACUGGGCAGGAUUAAAGGGGAAGUACAAGUCCCUGUGGGUACAUGGGCAGAGGUGAGAGGGGGUUCUGGCAGUAGUUGAGGGGCAAAUAAAAAGUGUGUGUGGGGGGGAUUAGCAAAAAAGUAAAAGGAGCUGAGUGACAAGAGGGGGGAGGAGGAGUGGGGGAGAAUUAAUGGGGAGGGGAGGAGUAGGCAGAGAGGAGAUGGGAGUUUUAGAGAAUAGAAGGAAAGGUACUGGGAGCAGAGUUAGUGAUCCAGCAAAUGAGACACAGAGACCAGUGACUGACUGAGGGGGAGAAGGGCAAGAGCUGCUGGAAGGAGAGAUCAGGAGGCAAGGGGGGAGGGAGACAUAGGAAAGAGGGACAGCAGGGAAAUCAGAGAAGGGAAAACAUAGAAAAGACAAGAUAACCCAACAGAGAGAGGGACAAGGAGGGGCAAUGGGAACUUGACUAGUGGGUGACACAGGAAUGAGAAGGGCAGUGAGGUUUUCAUGGGAUCAGAGGAGGGGUUCAUUUCAGGAGAUAAGGGGUUCACUGUAGGGUGAGGGACACAGAAAUAACGGUGGGCUCAUGCUCGGGAACUGCAACGGCACAUAAGACUUUGGCAGAAAAAUAGGAUUAAGACAUAAGAGGUGAUUCGCUGAAUAAUUUGGCAGAAGAUCACGAGAGGUUUCGCGGAAAAGGCUUUGGAGGAGCGCAGCAGAGGCCUUCCCAUGAGGUACAGGACAACACUUACUGCACCGCUUUGUUGAAGCUUGUAACUUUGGAAGAUUGAGUAGAGGCACAGAAGAGGACUCACAGGAAGGCUGGGUGGAGGCAAAACAAAGGAGGCUGGUUGAAGCGCAGGUGAAGGACUCACUGGAAGAUUCAGGACUGGAGUGGAGGCUCAGCAGAAGGCUGCCUGUAAGGUUGAGUAGAAACCUGGAGAGGAAGCAAAGCGGUGGAUUCAUUGGAGGAUUAAGAAGGGGUGAAGCUGUAGGACGCGUGUUUGGAAGGGUGGGUAGUGAAAGUCGUUGUUGGAAGAGUUUGAAGGGGUCCCAGCAGAAAGGUUAGGAGGAGCUAGACGAAAAGAAGACGGUUUCUGUAGGAGGGGUAUUACGGGAUCUGAACUGAGCUCUCUGGAAGGGCGGAGUUUAAGUGCAUCAGUAGUAACAGCCACAGGCUUUCCGAUAAAAUGUGCUCCUUGGGGGCGGGCCUUCGGAUUUUCCUGUUACUUCUUCCUGUUUGCGCACCUGCGCACCCUGCAACUCGACCGCACACAGGUGUGGAUGAAUGUGCAGAAGGCAUUGAUAAUUGCCAUGUGGACGCUAUAUGCCAGGAUACAUCCAGCUCAUUCAAAUGUAUUUGCAAGGCCGGCUUUAAAGGGGAAGGAACGGCAUGCGAAGACGUUGAUGAAUGUGAUAAUGAAUUUAAUGGCGACUGCGUCCAUGAGUGCACCAACAUUCCGGGCAAUUAUCGCUGCACUUGUUUUGAUGGAUUCAAGUUGGCACACGAUGGCCAUAACUGCCUAGAUGUGGACGAGUGCUUGCAUAACAAUGGCGGAUGCCAGCAUAACUGCAUCAACACGAUGGGAAGCUACGAGUGUCGCUGCAAAGAGGGCUUCUUCCUGAGUGAUAACCAGCACACGUGUAUCCACCGCUCAGAAGAGGGGUUAAGUUGCAUGAACAAAAACCACGGCUGUGCCCAUAUCUGUAGAGAGAGUCCCAGGGGUGGAGCAUCCUGUGAUUGCCGACCUGGGUUUGAACUGGCAAAGAACCAACGCCACUGUAUAUUGACGUGUAACCACGGAAACGGAGGAUGCCAGCAUACGUGCAAUGAUACAGAGAAUGGCCCCGUUUGCAGCUGUCAUCCAAAAUACACAAUGCAUUCUAAUGGGAAGUCCUGCAUUGAGAAGGAGGAACCAGAGAAUAAUUCCACCACCGUAUCGGACAUGGACAAGAGAGUGAAACGGAGGCUGGUAAUGGAAACCUGUGCAGUUAAUAAUGGCGGGUGUGACCGCACGUGCAGGGACACAUCAACAGGCGUUCGUUGCAGUUGCCCCGUUGGGUUUACCCUUCAGUUUGAUGGAAAAACAUGUAAAGAUAUUGACGAAUGCCAGACCAAUAACGGUGGAUGUGACCAUUUCUGCAGAAACACUGUUGGGAGCUUUGAUUGUAGCUGCAAAACGGGCUUCAAAUUGUUAACAGAUGAAAAGUCUUGUCAAGAUGUUGAUGAAUGUUCUUUCGAGCGGACAUGUGACCACACCUGUGUCAAUUACCCAGGAUCCUUUGCAUGCACAUGUGACAAAGGCUAUACAUUGUAUGGGAUCACCCACUGUGGAGACAUUAAUGAAUGCAGCAUCAACAAUGGCGGCUGCCAGCACCUCUGCGUGAACACAGUUGGCAGUUACUUGUGCCAGUGCCACCCUCGAUAUAAACUUCACUGGAAUAACAGAGACUGUGUUGAGGUAGGGAGCGCCCCUCCUGCUUUUGUAUCGCCAAAAGCCAUUCUGCGUUGUGUUAAGAAUGAUGGGAAUGAGAGGUGUUUCCUAAGCUGCCAGUCUGAUGUUCAUUCAGUUCCUGGCCUCCAAGAUGCCUUUAGCAUCACCUGUGGAUCACCUGUGCCUCUCAAACCUAGAAAUGGGAGAAAUAAUGAAACAAUAAACACAGAUGUGGCGACAGUCAGAACAAGCACGACGUUUAAGGUGAAUGAGGGAACUUGCCGAGUCAGGAGAUCAGAUGUAGGCCAGGAUUUUGUUCAGCAGAAAGGAUCAGAUCUGUUUAUUCACACAGAAAAACAAAAUGUGGUGUUCGAGAGAUUCUGCUUUGUGAAUAUAACGUGCAGGAGCAGAGCCGGCGUUGGGCAGAAGGGAGCGGCCAAGGAAAACUUUCUUACUGCUGAAUUUGAGAUGGAAUUAAACCACAAGGAGGUGACAGACUCCUGCACCUUCACCUGCGCCCGCAAGAAAGCAGAAAAAAGGCUGCGCAAGACGAUCAGGACUUUACGAAAAGCCAUCAGCAAGCAGCACUUUCACAUGCGACUGUCUGGAAAGGACUUGGAUGUUGGAAGAAAGUCUCCCAGGCAGUCGGAUUCACAGGAGUUAUGUGGCACAGGGCAAGUACGAGUGGACAGCAAAUGUGUCAGCUGCCAGACGGGGACUUACUAUGACAGUGACAAGGAGCAGUGUGUCUUGUGCCCUAAUGGAACAUAUCAGACUGAGGAGGGGCAGAUAACCUGUGAAACUUGCCCCGGCCCUGAGACAAGAGAGAACCAGAGGAUGGCAGGAGCUCGAUAUAUAACGGAGUGUGUAGGUGUUUGUCCACCAGGCGAGUUCUCCUCUGAUGGUUUCAGACCAUGUGAAUCGUGUCCACUUGGCACCUACCAGCCUGAUGGAGGACGCACUUCUUGCUUUCCCUGUGGGGGUAGCCUGACCACCAAGCACCCCGGAUCCACUUCAUUCCAAGACUGUGAAACAAAAGUUCAAUGCUCCCCGGGACAUUCCUACAACACCACGACUCACAGAUGUGUCCGAUGCCCUGUGGGCACCUACCAACCAGAAUUUGGGCAGAAUUAUUGUGUAUCCUGCCCGGGAAACACUAGCACCGACUUUGACGGCUCCACUAACGUGACACAGUGUAAAAACAGGCAGUGCGGAGGGGAACUCGGUGAUUUUACCGGAUACAUCGAAUCCCCCAAUUAUCCUGGAAAUUACCCUGCAAACAUGGAAUGCACUUGGAACAUUACUCCGCCGCCCAAGAGGCGCAUCCUGAUCGUGGUGCCGGAAAUAUUUCUGCCCAUAGAAGAUGACUGCGGAGAUUAUCUGGUGAUGCGGAAAAGCGCCUCUUCCAAUUCUGUGACCACUUACGAGACGUGUCAGACCUACGAACGUCCCAUCGCUUUCACCUCAAGAUCCAAAAAGCUUUGGGUCCAGUUCAGGACAAAUGAAGGGAACAGCGCCAAGGGUUUCCAGGUUCCGUAUGUUACGUAUGAUGAAGAUUAUCAGGAGCUGAUAGAGGACAUUGUCAGGGACGGGAGAUUAUACGCUUCAGAGAAUCACCAGGAAAUCCUCAAGGAUAAGAAGCUGAUUAAGGCCCUAUUCGACGUCCUGGCGCACCCACAGAACUACUUCAAAUACACAGCACAAGAAUCGCGUGAGAUGUUCCCCAAAUCUUUCAUCCGAUUGCUGCGCGCCAAGGUGUCCAGAUUCCUACGGCCUUACAAGUAAUCAGCCUUGCCUUCCCGCCGGAUAAAUUUAUGAGACAUUAUAAUGUGGACGACGCGUUUCGCUCACUUGCUGUCAUCCCCUUUAGAGUGACCUGGAAAUGACAUUUUCCAAAAUACGGAGUCACUGCUGUGUGUAUUGUAGAUAACUGGUAAUAGACUUUAUUUUGUUGCCUUUAGCUGAAUGCGCAUAUUAGUAGGGGAUAUACAGACUGGUCUUCUGUAUCACACCACGAAUUCUGGGUAAUAUAGAAUCCGCCCAAUCAAAUAGCUUCUGCAAGUGCAACCAUGUUUUACCAACAGCAGCAGCAGCAGCAAAGUCUGAAACUCUUGAUAUAAGUGACUGCCCAAAUCUUCCAAAAUUCUUCCUCCUUGGAUAUGGGGCCCUCCUGUUACAAUCUCCACGUGUUUCACAGAGAAUCUUCCCAUCAAACAGACCCUCAAUAGAAACUCAGAAACAUACUUAUUUAAUUGAUUGGAACACGACUCCCUCCUUUCUGCAUUCCGGAGUGAACCAAGUGUAACUGAGAGGGGCAGUGGCUUUUUGGGGUUCUGAAUGGAAUUGUGUAACGGACUCUGGGGGGUGACGUUUGGUGACUGUCGGUCUGGAUGGAUUUAACUGCAAAAACACUUCGGGCAAAGCAAUAUUUUCCCUUGAAAAAAGGUCAGAAAAUGUAGGGUGACUCCAUUGGCACUGGUUCUAGGGUUAGAUUUCCUGGCAACCAGAGUUGAUUAAAGGCCAGAACUGCUGAACAGAUAAAGUGAACAUUGAAAUGUCAAUAUGGCCACCUGUGAAAGUAAAUCUUCCCCCACUCUACUGAAGGAACUACCCCACCCCCAUUACAAAUUAAUGAAGCAAACAGGACCCAAGAUUGCCAAGAUUCCGACUUCAACCCAAAAUGGACAUUUCUGCUUCCAUAGGUGCCGGCACAGAGGAGCUGACACUUUUAUCAGGGGCCAUGCAGAGUUUAAAAGAGGACAAAUUACUCUUUACUUGUAAAUAAUGUAAAAACAAAAGGUUUCUAGACUUUUAUCAAUACAAAGAAUGAGAAUUAGGCUUUGAGUAUUUAAAGGCACGGUGGGAUAUUUGAGAGAGUAUUUUUGUAGAGCUUUAAAGCGCUUAUUCCCAUCUCUGGGAUUGAUUGUGAGCCUGUGAGGUGCGAGGGACCGUCACUCACAUAUAUGAUCCAUCUCCAACCAACAACCUGCUUGUUUCCUAUACAAUUUCUUGUACCUUUAUAUUCAUCCUCCGUUUGGAACCCAUUAACAAUGUAUCACUGUUGCUUGUAAAAAUUACCUUUUUUUCCAAAUACCCGGACCCGAUGCUUAAUGUAAGUGAACUCUGUAUAUAGCUAUAAUGAAUAAAAUCACAGUAAAUUAUA